AUGGAUGUUCCUGCUAGGCUGGCUUUUUAUGUGUCGUGGGAUGCCUCGGGCACUGGCGAUAUAAGAGAGCUAAUACUGGUGUACUACACUGGCGAUAGCACAGCCGAGUUGAGAAACGUCCAGAGCAGCAGUGUAAACUUGAAACGCGUGAUAGUUCCCCGACGUAUUGCUCAUUCUUUUUAUCCUGGGGCUCAACUUGUGCUAUUUUCACGGCACCUGCGUAUCGAGGAUGCAGCCAAUGAACAAACGGCGGCUUUCCUUGCGCGUUCCAUGGAGCCAGCCCUGUGCAUAUGGCGCACAGACGACACACACAAGUAUGCAGAAACCCUGCAGGGCCUCUUAGACUCGGGUCUUAUCCUGACGCACUGCAGAAAGCUGGAGAUCGAUGGGCCGUUCGGCGAGCUUCUCGAGGCUCAAGCUCCGCAAGUAGUCAUGCACGGCGACUCUUCUGUUCUUUCCUCAUCGGCGGUUUCUGUUUUUCUCUUACGGGGAGUCAACGCUGCCCAUAAGGUCCACUCUCUAGCAGCCGCGGGGAGGGAGCUGCUAACCACCUCAGCAGACACUCCGUCUGAAGCGGUGGAGGAUUUGGGGGUGGGGUUGUGCGAGAAGGUAACAGGGAAUCCUGACGCUGCUGCUGCUGCUGCUGCUGCUGCUGCUGCAGCAACAUCUACUGCAGAGGGGGCGGAGGUCACCUGCUGCGUGAUAAAGCCUCACGCACUGCAGCAGACUGGCACUGUCCUGCGAGAGCUCAUCAGCAGCAACUUUCGUAUCCGCAACAUGCAGAGUUUCCGCCUAACAAGCGUGGCGGCGCACGAGUUUCUGGAGAUAUACAACACAGUCAUCAAGGAGUAUCCUCAAGUAAGAAAGAAGUUCACUUCAUCUCGCCUCCUUCACUGCGAUGACGAGGUCAACUGCCACUGA